AUGCCAAUUGCAGAUCCCGAGGAAGCCAUCCCUGUCAUCGAGGAGCCAGAUUAUGAAGCAUUGCCAGAUACUGCAUCUUGGGGUGUGCACGCAUUCGCUGGUGCGCUCGCUGGUAUAUCUGAGCACGCGUUCAUGUAUCCAAUCGACAGUAUAAAAACUCGUAUGCAAGUUUUACAGACGGCUCCAACAUCUGCAUCAUCUGUUGCAUACUCUAGUUUGAAUUCUGCAAUAGAGAGGGUUUCUUCUACUCAUGGAUUGAGAUCGUUGUGGAGAGGUGUGAGUUCAGUUGUAAUAGGAGCUGGACCAGCCCAUGCAGUAUAUUUUGGUGUAUAUGAAGCCAUGAAAGAGCUUUCGGGUGGUAACAGAGAAGGCCAUCAGGUAUUGCCGACUGCACUCGCAGGUGCAUCAGCUACCAUAGCUGCAGAUGCUCUCAUGAAUCCAUUUGAUGUUAUCAAACAAAGAAUGCAAGUUGAGGACUCAAAGUUCAAGACAGUACGUUCUUGCGCAAGAACGCUGAUGAAAACAGAAGGAUUGUCGGCCUUCUACGUAUCUUACCCUACUACAUUAAUGAUGACCGUACCAUUCACAGCCGUACAAUUCUCUACAUAUGAAUCAACUAAAAAGAUACUCAACCCAGAAAACAACUAUUCACCAAUAUCUCAUGGUGUCUCCGGUGCAGCAGCAGGAGCAGUCGCCGCGUUAAUAACGACACCAUUAGAUGUCGCGAAAACAGUAUUACAAACGCGUGGUAAUGCCCCAGUUGAAGAUCUUCGCUUGAGGAAUGCUAGUGGUAUACUGGAUGCCUGCUCAAUUGUUUAUGAGCGUAAUGGUACGAAAGGAUUCUUUAGAGGAUGGGCACCACGUAUGCUUACACACAUGCCAUCAAACGCGCUCUGUUGGUUAUCCUAUGAAUUUUUCAAAGCCGUCAUCUUUAGAGAGAGUAAUCAAACGACGAAUUAA